UGAGCAGCCCAUAUGUGCGACAGAUGGGUUAGAUCCUGCUGGGAAGUGGUGCCUGGGCUGGAGGCUGCCUACCCUCUGCAGUGCUGCGGAGCCACCGGGACCCCAGUGGGGGCCAAGUGUAUGUGUGUACAGAGCAAUAAAGUCUAUUUAUGCUGAACGGUGACCUGCCAUGCUCCUUCAGACUGGAAUCUCAUGGGUUUGGAGGCAGAUUCCCCCUGGCCACCAGGACGUCUCUGGGGGACUGCCUCAGGGGUGCAGGUGGUUGCUGGGUUCCUGUGCCUGCACUGCUCCCUUCUUACCUCCCUCUCCCAUUUCAUUGCCCGAUGCUGUGUUAAUGCCUCCCCUGGGCCACUCGAGCGCCUGGCCCAGCCCAGAGACCUUUCCAAGGCCUCUUUAUUAGUGUUGACUGCAGCUGUGGCUUGGGUGGGGAUGUGGCAGGGAUUAAGGGGAUUCCUGGCCAGGAAAUACCUGUGCCUGCUCACCUGAGUGAGGUCUUAGCUCCCCAUGGCCACUUGGGGAUCAGGGUGCUCCCACCAGGCCUGGCCCUACUGAGGUGCAGCAUCAUCACAAAGUGUCCCUGGCCCCACACAGGACUCUGUUCCCUGUCAGGCGUCUGUCUCCCUUGGUGCAGCCCUGAUUGGUUUAAAGUCUGCACGUUAUCAUGCACCUGGCUCUGGGGCUCAUAAAAUCUGCUGCAAAUGAGAUACCUACACCACCCUCACUGCUGCCGCUGCUGUCACUGCUGCUGUCACCGCUGCAGUCACCACUGCCCCUUACCAGUCAGCACUUAUGGGCACCACUUCUUUCUUGUCAAGGGCCCGGGCUCUGCUCCGCAUCCGGAGUCAGCUGGUGCGGGAAUGCCUGGCUGAGCUGCUGUCCACCUUCGUGCUCAUUAUAAUCACCCUGAGCGGUGCUGCACAGAAGAUCACCAGCUUUGAGAUGAAGGGGAACCUCCUCACCAGCUACCUGGCAGGCGCCCUGGCCGUCAUGGCAGGCAUCUACAUAGCGGGAGGAAUCUCUGGGGCCCACAUGAACCCGGCGUUCUCCUUUGCCAUGUGCCUGAUGGAGCAGUUUCCCUGGUGGAAGUUUCCCAUCUUUAUGUUUGUGCAGACCUUGGCAUCUUUCCUAUCUGCUGGAGCUGUUUACAUCCUCUACUAUGAUGCCAUCUGGCACUACAGCAACGGGACCCUUACUGUCUCUGGCCCCCGAGAAACUGCCUCCAUCUUUGCCACCUACCCAGCUGACUAUGUCUCCAUUGCCAAUGGCUUCUUGGACCAGGUGAUUGGCACAGGGGUGCUGAUUGUGGUCAUCAUGGGCAUCAUGGACACCCGCAACAAGGCUGUCCCCAAGGGCCUGGAACCAGUGGUCGUGGCUCUGUUGGUGCUCUCCAUUGAGUCUUCCAUGGGGUCCAACUGUGGUUGCCCCCUGAACCCUGCGCGGGACAUCGGGCCCCGGCUCUUCACCUAUGUGGCAGGUUGGGGCCCGGAGGUCUUCAGCAGGGGCAACGGGUGGUGGUGGGUGCCACUGGUAGCACCACUGCUGGGGGCCGCCGUGGGCGCAUUCCUGUACCAGCUCUUUGUGGCUUUCCACUACCCGGAGGAGGACAGCGACGUCCUGACAGAACAGGGCUCCAUCGUUCUAGUCAACACCACCAUCGACCCAGACAUUGGGAUGUUGCCCAAGGAGAAGGACACUGGGGGGACAGUGCCUGCCGGGUAUCCCCCACCACCAUGUGCCAGCAGCACAGUCUCCCCCACAGUCCCUAACACACCAUUAAAAAAGUCUUGAGGGCA